CUUCCCCUUCCAUUAGCAGCCCAUUCUAUAUAUUGAUGGACGUUAUGGACUACAGGAUAUAUUUUGUAAUUUUUGCAACAAUAUAAUCAAACAAUACCUUUAUAUAAAAACAAGCAACAGCUGCAAAAAUGUCUGUGUUUUUCCUAAAUUCAAAUCAAGAUAGUGAAAUAGAAGGUGAUUCAAAUGGAGAUCUACAAAUUGCUUCGCCGGGCAAUUCUGAAGCCCAACAAGCAUUGACCCAUUUCUGGCCAAAAGUUAUGGAAGAAAUAAAAAAUAUUACAACAAUGGACCUUAAAACACAAUCUUUACCACUGGCGAGGAUAAAAAAGAUUAUGAAAUUAGAUGGAGAUGUUAAGAUGAUAAGUGCAGAAGCUCCCAUGCUUUUUGCUAAAGCAGCAGAAAUUUUUAUACACGAAUUAACUCUAAGAGCUUGGGUACAUACAGAAGACAACAAAAGAAGAACUUUACAAAGGAAUGAUAUUGCAAUGGCAGUUACAAAAUAUGAUCAGUUUGAUUUUCUCAUAGAUAUAGUGCCUAGAGAUGAAAUAAAACAAAGCAAAGCACAAAAUGAGGCCACUGUACGUACAUCUAUGAACUCUGAUCAAGUUCAUUACUAUUUUCAAUUGGCGCAACAACAAGCUUCAGCAAAUCAGGGUGUACAGAGUAGUAGUGGAACUACGCAACCUAUACAGAUUGUACAACCUUCUAGUGGACAAAUUCAGACUAUUAAUAUUGGUAGUCCAGUAGAACAGGAGACUACUAAUACAAGUACAACUCAAGCAGUUACGGUUCAAAGUCCACAGCAGUCGUCUGGCCAACAAAUUAUACAAUUGCAGCAAGCACAGCAAACACCCACUACUCAGACUGGUGGGAUACAAAUCGUACAGCAAAUUGUCACUCCUAGUGGUGAAAUUCAACAGAUACCUAUUCAGUUGACUCCCCAGCAAUUACAAAUGAUUCGUAUGCAAGUACAAGGUGGGAGCAACCAACCAAUUAUAAUACAAACGGCUCCUAUACAAACUCAACCGCAAUUGAUACAAGUUGCACAGAGCGCCCAAACUCCAGUUUUCUUACAAACUUCUGGUGCAGAUACUGAAUAAUGCAUUAAUAUAUUGACUAUUAAUAAGAUUAUUAAGAUAUAAAUAAUAUGAGAAAA